GUGCCGAUUGAGUGUGUUGUUACAGGCAUUAUCGAGCCCAGUGAAGGGCAAUCAAAACUCGUUGUUUUAAUAGUUAGUAUUUUAACAGCGCAACUAAACUGAAAGUUGGAGGCUUCCUUUGAGAGAAAUCAAACACCAAGAUGUCUCAACAAGUGGGGAGCAAGAGACUCGGUAUCAUACAUAUCUUUCUGCUCGUCGUUUUGUCAUCUGGUUCCAUCCAUGCUUCAGUUAUUUUGGAUACCGGAAACCGAGGAACUCCAUUGGUUGUGUCCGAUGACAACCAUCCCUAUGGAAUUUCUGUUCACGUCAAUACGAGCUUCAAGAUCCAAUACGCUGGUAACGAGUAUAACGGCAUUGGAGUCUCUUCUGAUGGACUGAUCUACUUUGGAGCUGAGAGGGCGCUACAGCUGCCUGAUGACUUGACUGCCGGCAGCGACUUGGCAGCCGUGUUCCCCGUCCUGCAGAGGAAUAGGCUUGUCGAGGGUAGUACCGCAACGUACCUGGAGAUUAGCAAUGACAGGACUGAUGAGCUAGUCCGGGAACUGGAUAACGUUCUCGUCGACUUCCGAGCUGGGUCGUUUAUAGAAUGGAUCUUUGUGGUCACAUGGAGUGAAGUCCGAAAGGCAGAGAAUGUACCAGCGCACGAAAAGAAUACAUUUCAGGUUGUCCUUGCAGGGACAGGAGAGAAAACCUUUGUCGUCUUCAACUACGCUAGAUUAUUCUGGACAAAAAGCAAUUUCCAGAGUGGAGUCUCUUUCAAUGCACAGGCUGGCUUCGUCGAUGGAAAGAGCAAUACUGAUUUUUAUUUACCGGAUUCGGGGAAAUCUAAAAUGAAGCUUCUCCAAGCUUCAAGUAACGUGAUGGUCAAUGGACGGUGGAUUUAUGACGUCACUCACUUCCUGCCAGUCGAAGGGGGUAAAUACUCUCAUGGAGCGUUGCUCUGCAAUCCAUUUCAAGUAAAAUUUGUGCCCACAAAUCAAUCAUAACUCUGGUAAUUCAUUUGGUUGCUUGCCUGCUUCUGGCAACAAGAAGCAUAAACCAAUCUGCUCUCGUUACAAUUGAUAUUUCGAUUUUUUUUAAUACAUCAGGGACCCGUCUUACAAAGAGUUACGAUUGAUCCGAUAAGGAAAUCCAUCCACGUCAUCUUUUUUUUCUUGAGGAAAUUUGCACAAUGUCUUCUGUAAACAAAGAGAAGCACGCUGAAUUUUCAAGAAAACUAUGAAUGAAUAAAUAUACAUCACAUCUAUGAAAUGUUUGAAACAAAGGGGUGUUCAAACAUGUUUUUUUAGAUGUUGACGUUGUUGGCUUACCAUAGUUAUGAUUGAUUGGAUCAAUCGUAACUCUUUGUAAGUAGGGGCCCAGGAAUUCGAUUGAUUUGAUUGUGAAUAUUUUCUUGCAUCACCCCUUACUUGUGUAUUUUAUUGGGGUAAAUGACUAUCCAAGGUUGGAAAUACAUAUGAUUUGAAUCAAGACAGUAAUAUUAUGUAUUAUUAUCAUCAACAUUAUCAUCAAAUCUAUUUGUAUAUCCUGUCAUAUCACCUGUUUCUUAAGACAUUACAAAGCGCGAACCAUACUGUUAAAUGUGAUUUUUUCCUCACUGUUGAGUUAAUUUUUCAACGAAAAUAAGUCGCUAAUUUGUUCAAAGCGAGCAAAUAGCAUUUUACAAUGGAUGACCUUUUAAUACUUUCUGCGAUAUGUAGAAAAGCGAAUCCCCCAGGUCCAUUCACUUGGAAACAUAUUAAAGCAAUUUCACACCGAGAUUAACUUUUUAGGAUGGGGAAAAAACACAAAACAUCUAAAAAACUAAACAUCAAUCGAUUUUAAGGUUUCACCUAUGUAAAUGAAAUUGUUUCUUUGUGUGUAUGUGUGUGUGAGUUUGCAAUGACUUUUGCCAAUUAUGCAAGAAAUUUUAUACGUCGUGACACAGGAAGUACCACACCGGGCGUGUCCCGUUGAAUAUCGAUUGAUAACAGAUUGAAAAAGAAAUGAUCAAAUAAGAACGGAUAAUAUGUAUAAAUGCUUAACAUGUUUAUCAUUGUUCUUUCAUAAAAAAAAACAUUUGUUUAGAAUUUACACAAAUACGGUAUCUGGGAAGUUCAUACAGUAAACCAAAAAGUAUAACAUUCAUCCGUGUUGCUGAAUUUCAGUUUUUAAUGUGUAGAAAGAGCACAGUUUUGAUUUAUGUUUCGUUUUCACUAAUACUAGUAGUAAGAAAUGUAGUAUACAGGUAAUUCUUGUGGAUUUUAAAAAAGAAAUUUGAAAUAUGUCGUUCUUUGACAAAUCGAAACUCGUUUCACAGUUGUCCUGAAGAAUUCAUAUUGCGAUUAUUGCGAUAAAUUUCUUUUGACAAAUCG